AUGGUGCGCUCUCAAGCAAAUCGUGCCACUUUUGUGGCAUCAGUUUUGGCCUUUCUAAAGCGUUUUGAUCUUGAUGGUCUUGACAUUGAUUGGGAGUUUCCAGCUUUCAGCGGAGUAGGCAGUGGCAAUCGUUCACCUGGGCGAAAGGAGGACAAAGCAGAUUUUGGCACAUUGCUGAAAGAACUUCAUACUGCAUUCAAAACAGAAGGGUACAUUUUGUCGACUGCAGUCGCCGCCGGAAAGUACCACAUUGAUCUGGCUUACGACAUUCCGGCCCUAAACAAGUACCUUGAUUUUGUCAAUGUCAUGGUCUAUGAUUACCACGGACUGUGGGAUGGAGUGACGGGCCACAAUGCGCCACUUUAUUACGCAGUUAACUCUACAGGCGCUUCUCGAGAGCUGACUGGCCAGUUUACUGUUGAGUACUUCAUUGAAAAAGGAUUAUCGUCCAAAAAGUUGGUAUUUGGCGUUCCCCUUUAUGGUUCGGUUUUUAAACUAGCCAACGCUACUCAAAACGGUUUGGGUGCUAAAAUAAUUGGCGCUGGACAGGAAGGUGGCGCUUAUGAACAUUACUGUAAACUGCUAAAAGAGCCUGGCUGGCAGCUGCACUGGGACAGUGUGGCCCAGGUGCCUUACGCCGUUCACGGUGACAACUGGCUGAGCUAUGAAAACCUCCAGUCGCUAGCAAUUAAACUUAACUACAUCGUGUCAAAGCACCUUGGCGGAUCAAUGGUUUGGGCAGUGGAUGGCGAUGAUGUCCUGAAUGCUUGCGGUGACGGAAAAUUUGCAAUGAUGAAGGAGCAAAUGAAGAUUUUAAACAAAGUAAAUGUUGUUGACACUAACAUUCCAAUUCCAUCAGCUCAUAAAAAUGGACAUUAA